GAAGGAGACUGUCAAAAUGUCUUCCAAUGACCCAGAGGAGGCCAUGGAAUACACUGAGCAAGGCGCUGAUUGUCGGCAGCCUCCAACAUCUAAGGAUCAGCUCCAUGAGACUACUGUCCCCUAUACCCAGCAGCCUCCAGCAUCCCAUGAUAAGUCUGCUGAGUUUGCUAACAACAACGGUGUCAGGGAUCCUCCAAAAUCCUCUCAUGAUCUGUCUGCUGAGUCUACUGAGGCCAGUGGUGAGGGUCGGCAGCCUCCAACAUCUCUGUAUCAGCUCCAUGAGACUACUGUCCCCUAUACCCAGCAGCCUCCAGCAUACCAUGAUAAGUCUGCUGAGUUUGCUGAUAACAACGGUGUCAAGGAUCCUCAAAGAUCCUCUCAUGAUCUGUCUGCUGGGUCUACUGAGGCCAGUGGUGAGGGUCGGCAGCCUCCAACAUCUCUGGAUCAGCUCCAUGAGACUACUGUCGCCUAUACCCAGCAGCCUCCAGCAUCCCAUGAUAAGUCUGCUGAGUUUGCUAACAACAACGGUGUCAAGGAUCCUCCAAAAUCCUCUCAUGAUCUGUCUGCUGAGUCUAUGGAGGGCUGCAGUGUCCGGCCACCUCUAAGAUCUCAUGAUCAUUCUGCUGAGUCUGCUGACAGCAGCAAUGCUGACAAGCAGCCUCCAACAUCUGAGGAUAAGUUGGCUGAGACUUCGUCAGAGAACAACGAUGGAGUUCACGUGCUUCUCUCAGUCAAGUGGUCGGAGAGUGUUAAACCACAUAAAUACAAAGUAGAGCUGCAGAAAGUUCUUCAGAGUUGGGCCAACAACAUUGACAAAUAUCAAGGAGAGUGCAAAGUUAUAGAUGCCUCAAACGGGAGUGCUGUAAUAAGUCUUCAGCCUGCUCCAGCCCAACAUGAUCUUCAGAAACUGAAUGGAGAGCCGCCAAAGGAGAAAGAUAGGAAAAAAGUCACAACAAUAUCUGUUGUGUCUGUGAAACCAAUACCAGAAGGUGCUUCAAUGACGGUUCCUCCUUCAUCCAUGCCACAGCCACAAGAUGCUGCGAUGAUGUCAUCCCAGGAUAAAGAUGAAUCUACUGUUGGUCUCUAUGUGGAGUGGUCAAAUGGUGAUCGACCACUCAACUUUAAAAUGCUUCUACAGCAAAUUCUCCAGCUUUGGUUCAUCAGAAACAGCAUUGAAGCAUCCUGCUCAGUUUUAAGUGCUUCAACAGACGGGAUAGUUGUGCUGAAGCUUACACCUGCUCGAGCCCAGAGUGAGCUUCACAGACUGAGAGGACAAACAUUCUCCACCAGUGAUGGGAGUGCAGUCACAAUAAUGUCUGACGGUCUGAUAAAGUCGGAUCUGGAGACAGAUUAUUCCUCAAUGGACGUUCCUCCUUUAUUCGCGUCAGAGACACAAGACGUGGAAGAAAAACUGGGGGAACAAAGUCGGGACACAUUUACUUGUGACAUCCCAAUGCUCCAUUUCUGGUAUGUGAACCAGGCCUACAAGGAGGAAAUUAAGCGUAUAGAGAAGGAGAGUGGAGGUAAAAUCCUGGCAGAAGCAAAGCUGACAUUUGAAGCAAACACAAAAGAUGGAAAUCCAAAUUACGCUUUCUCUGAGUUCAUUAACCUUGUUCAUAAGUGCUCAGGGGAAUCCAAGGGCUUCACUGUUCCUCUCACCAAAGUGAAUCCAGAGGAGUGGAGGGACACACUGAGUAUCAUCCAGAGACCUGAGAACAACCUUUUUCUAACUGUAUCCUCUAAAGAAAUGACUGUAUGUGGGCCAAGAAGAGGUCAAGAUGCCAUCAGACAGUCGUUGAAUGCACCAAGAAAUACCAGCACUACUGUUGGAGAGAGCACACAGGCAUCUCAAGACACACCGCUGACCAUCAGCAACCCGAACACAUCACCCCUGAGCUUGACCCAACAACAUGGUGCCGUGGGGUUCAGUCGCUCACCGAAGAACUUGACGAAUGUUCAUCAGUUGGAGGGGGCCUCCGGUGGACCUGUGUUGAAAGAACAAUCAGGGUACUACACUGAAGCACACCACGGGGCCUCUUGGUUCAGUGAAUCAUCGUCAGAGGGAGCGUCUGGUGGACUUGUGUUGAAAGAACAAUCAGGAUACAACACUGAAGCAUCCACAGAAGAGGGAGCGACAGCAGGGGAUAGUAAAGAUGACAAGUGUCCCAUAUGCAUGGAUACAUUUACUAAUAAGAAACAGCUCAAGUGUAAACAUGAGUUUUGUGAAGAAUGCCUGACACAGGCAACAAAAAACAUGGGACCUAUCUGUCCAGUAUGCAGAGAUGUCUUUGGUGUGAUGGAGGGAGACCAGCCUGAUGGACACAUGACAUGGGAUACAAGUUCCUAUUCCCUCCCUGGAUUCUCAGGCUGCGGCACUAUAAACAUCACCUAUAAUAUGUCUAGUGGAGUACAGACGUCAAGGCAUCCAAAUCCUGGAAAGCGCUAUUAUGGUAUUUCUAGAACAGCAUAUCUGCCAGACAACAAAGAGGGCAACGAGGUGCUGAAGCUGCUGAAGAAAGCGUUUGACCAGAGGCUCAUUUUCACUGUUGGGACGUCCAGAACGACUGGGAUGGACAACCAGGUGACCUGGAACAACAUUCACCACAAGACUUCCAAGACAGGAGGAGCACAGGGGUUUGGGUACCCUGACCCUGACUACCUGAGCACAGUCAAAGAGGAGCUGAAGGCUAAAGGCAUCACGAACACAUCACCCCUGAGCUUGACCCAACAACAUGGUGCCAUGGGGUUCAGUCACUCGCUGAAGAACUUGACUAAUGUUCAUCAGUUGGAGGGGGCCUCCAGAGGACUUUCUGUGUUGAAAGAACAAUCAGGGUACUACACUGAAGCAUCCACAGAAGAAGGAGCGACAGCAGGGGAUAGUAAAGAUGACAAGUGUCCCAUAUGCAUGGAUACAUUUACUAUUAAGAAACAGCUCAAGUGUAAACAUGAGUUUUGUGAAGAAUGCCUGACACAGGCAACAAAAAACAUGGGACCUAUCUGUCCAGUAUGCAGAGAUGUCUUUGGUGUGAUGGAGGGAGACCAGCCUGAUGGAAAAAUGAAAUGGGAUACAAGUUCCUAUUCCCUCCCUGGAUUCUCAGGCUGCGGCACUAUAAACAUCACCUAUAACAUGUCUAGUGGAGUACAGACGUCAAGGCAUCCAAAUCCUGGACAGCGCUAUUAUGGUAUUUCUAGAACAGCAUAUCUGCCAGACAACAAAGAGGGCAACGAGGUGCUGAAGCUGCUGAAGAAAGCGUUUGACCAGAGGCUCAUUUUCACUGUUGGGACGUCCAGAACGACUGGGAUGGACAACCAGGUGAUCUGGAACGACAUUCAACACAAGACCUCCACUACAGGAGGAGCACAGGGUUUUGGGUACCCUGACCCUGACUACCUGAGCACAGUCAAAGAGGAGCUGAAGGCUAAAGGCAUCACGAACACAUCACCCCUGAGCUUGACCCAACAACAUGGUGCCGUGGGGUUCAGUCGCUCGCUGCAGAACUUGACUAAUGUUCAUCAGUUGGAGGGGGCCUCCAGAGGACUUUCUGUGUUGAAAGAACAAUCAGGGUACUACACUGAAGCAUCCACAGAAGAAGGAGUGACAGCAGGGGAUAGUAAAGAUGAUAAGUGUCCCAUAUGCAUGGAUACAUUUACUAUUAAGAAACAGCUCAAGUGUAAACAUGAGUUUUGUGAAGAAUGCCUGACACAGGCAACAAAAAACAUGGGACCUAUCUGUCCAGUAUGCAGAGAUGUCUUUGGUGUGAUGGAGGGAGACCAGCCUGAUGGACACAUGACAUGGGAUAGAAGUUCCUAUUCCCUCCCUGGAUUCUCAGGCUGCGGCACUAUAAACAUCACCUAUAAUAUGUCUAGUGGAGUACAGACGUCAAGGCAUCCAAAUCCUGGAAAGCGCUAUCAUAGUAUUUCUAGAACAGCAUAUCUGCCAGACAACAAAGAGGGCAACGAGGUGCUGAAGCUGCUGAAGAAAGCGUUUGACCAGAGGCUCAUUUUCACUGUUGGGACGUCCAGAACGACUGGGAUGGACAACCAGGUGACCUGGAACAACAUUCACCACAAGACUUCCAAGACAGGAGGAGCACAGGGGUUUGGGUACCCUGACCCUGACUACCUGAGCACAGUCAAAGAGGAGCUGAAGGCUAAAGGCAUCACGAACACAUCACCCCUGAGCUUGACCCAACAACAUGGUGCCAUGGGGUUCAGUCACUCGCUGAAGAACUUGACUAAUGUUCAUCAGUUGGAGGGGGCCUCCAGAGGACUUUCUGUGUUGAAAGAACAAUCAGGGUACUACACUGAAGCAUCCACAGAAGAAGGAGCGACAGCAGGGGAUAGUAAAGAUGACAAGUGUCCCAUAUGCAUGGAUACAUUUACUAUUAAGAAACAGCUCAAGUGUAAACAUGAGUUUUGUGAAGAAUGCCUGACACAGGCAACAAAAAACAUGGGACCUAUCUGUCCAGUAUGCAGAGAUGUCUUUGGUGUGAUGGAGGGAGACCAGCCUGAUGGACACAUGACAUGGGAUAGAAGUUCCUAUUCCCUCCCUGGAUUCUCAGGCUGCGGCACUAUAAACAUCACCUAUAAUAUGUCUAGUGGAGUACAGACGUCAAGGCAUCCAAAUCCUGGACAGCGCUAUCACAGUAUUUCUAGAACAGCAUAUCUGCCAGACAACAAAGAGGGCAACGAGGUGCUGAAGCUGCUGAAGAAAGCGUUUGACCAGAGGCUCAUUUUCACUGUUGGGACGUCCAGAACGACUGGGAUGGACAACCAGGUGAUCUGGAACGACAUUCAACAUAAGACUUCCAAGACAGGAGGAGCACAGGGGUUUGGGUACCCUGACCCUGACUACCUGAGCAGAGUCAAAGAGGAGCUGAAGGCUAAAGGCAUCGUCUGAAGGCUUUGAUACAAAGUGGAUGAGGACACAUGUUCCACACAAAAAAAAUUAAGAUGAUUAUUUAACACAAGCAAUUACUAGAAUGCACAUGCUGCUCUAUUAUAUGUUUUCUCUCUUCUUCUUUUGUAAUUAUUCAUAUUAUUAGUAAGGGUUGCUUUGAGCUGGACAAGACAGCAUUUAUAGUUUAAGAGUUAAUGGUUUUGCAACAUUUAUUAUUUUCACCUAUUAAGCAUAAGUUUCUUUGAUGAAGGAUUUCCUCAAUAUUUUGAUAAUGCUUCACAACUUAUAACAGAAUAAGAAUGCCAUUUGCGUACAUAAACUGAACUAUAUGUAAACGGGACACACAAUGUGAUUUACUGUUUGCCUAAUAAAUGAUUACACCAAUUAA